UCAUCACUGCAUUUUGCCUCCCAUUUCCCCUUUUUCCUCAAUAACCACUCUUCUCUACAGUCUACACACACAAAAUUCCAACUGAAAGAUGGGAUGCUUUACUGCUUGUUUUGAUCCCAAGAAGCAUAAAAAACUCAUGAAAAAACUCCCAAAUCAGUCUUUGUCUCCAAGGGAUGAAUUACUACAUGAAGCUUUGGAAAUCUCAGCUGCUGGUACUGAAUCACAGAAGGAAGAGGGGAUUGUUAAUAGCACGAAACCCGUAUUAGAAUCCGAAGCUAAGAACGAGGAGCAGAUGAAUGGAAGCAAAGGAAAGGAAUCUGUUAAUUCAAAUCUUGAUACAGCUGAUACUGAUAAUUCAGUCGAAAAUGAAAAAGGGAAAGCUGAAAGUAUUCUAGGGAAGGAUCAUAACGGUGGCUCGGGCUCAAAUUCGUAUAUCGUUAGACCACAUCACGGCCAUCAAGAUUUAUCGAUGAGCAAAGAAGAAUGCGUUGCUGUGAACUCAAUAGAUCUCACUUUAGAGAAUACUUCAAGGGAAGGAGGCACCGAUGAUCAUCGUUGUGUCAUUCAGCCGGAGUCCUCAGAGUCAUUGUUUUCAUUAUCUAUAGAUUCUAGGAAACAAGUUUCUGCCUCAGAAAUGGGAGCUGAUAAAGAGGUCAGCAGCCCACUGAAGCCAAGUGACAGAGAGAACAACAAGAAAAGCUUACGUUUCACGGUGUUUAGGUACAGUGAAGACAAGGAGAAUGUCAAUACUUUAGAGGAAAAAUGGAUCAUACCAAGCAAAGAUCAAACAUCACUCCACAAGUCGAAGACCAGAUGUGAUGAUCUGUUGUUGAAGCCAAAUGAAAUUCCAAUGGAUACUAGCCUCUCUAGUUGGUUGGUUGGAUCCGAGAAGUCGGCCUGGGCUAAAACUAGUAGCAUCUCCUCCCCAGGGAGUGAGAAGAACUACGGAGAGAGGCCAGUUUUAGGGGUGAUUACUUCUACUAAAGACGUCAAGCAGUUGGUUGAGUCAACGUCUGGUGGAUCAACACCGUGUCAUAGCGCUGAUGAUCAACCUGGUGUCGGCACAGUGGGCAGGUAUUGGCAGCAGACGAGUGUGGCCGGUGGCGGGAUGUUAGCCAUUGAAACUAAAAUGUGAAAACACUAAUAGGCAAAAAUAUACGGCACAAAACGACCCCGACCCGGGUAUGCAGUGGGCUUCUUUUAAAAAAACUUAAUGUACUGCAAUUUGUUUUGUUGAUUAAACUUAGUGUUCUGAAUUGCUUCUUAAAAAAAAUUUCAUUUUCAUUUUUAGAUUUUCUAUUCUCACAAGUGCUUUCUUUCUAUAUGGUUAUUGGUUUUCUCAUAUGAAAACUAAAAUGUAUCUUGCUGAAAUUAAUAUGCAAUCCAAUCAUAUAUCUUC